AUGCCACGAAUAUCGAAGCCCCCUGUCAAGGCCGCCUUCGAUCUACAAAGACUCGUUGUGACGGACAGCAGCCCUGCAGGCCUUGUUCCAACAAGGAUAGGGGUUGUACGUAUCAGCCCAGUCGCCGAGGCGGCCCCCGAAGAGGAAUUCGCUAUGCCGAAGCACAGCGACACCGCGCUGAUCAUGGCGAUCCACGGCCUCAAUGCAGCCCAUUCCUUUUUGGAUGAUAUGAUCGGCCUAGUAUCUCCAUUUGCAGGUGUCCACAACCUCGAUCUUGCUCCAGAUUCUCUUCCCGAUGAAAGUGAAUCUCGUCAGCCUUGGGGCCAGCUCACGCCCAGCACAGAUGGCCCCUUUGCAUCUGUCUCCAUUCCUGACUCGGAGCCUUCGGCUGUUCGGGCUUAUCUAUGCGAAGAGGACAUUACCAAUGCCUACUAUAUCUACAUCCACCCAUAUCUUCCAUUACUGCCACCUUCGCCUACAUCACAGUAUCAAGACCAGCCCAGUCUAACUCGACUACCAAAUGAGACCGCAGAACCAACGAGGGCCGAUUUGCCCUAUUGGCCAAAGUCUUCCCUGGGUCUCGCGCUGUCAGCAUUACUCGUGCUGAUACCGUCUUCGCAAGACGCAUCCCCAAUGUCAGACAUGAGCAUUUUUGCUCGGCGAUCAUAUGCACAACUAUUUGCCCAGGCCGCACUGGCGAGUGUGGAAAGAGAUACCGAUGACCUAGGACCUGGAUUGAAUUUUGCUACCCCUAGGGCUGGAAUGUCUGAACAUAAGUCUCCACUGCAUCCCCAGGUACCCUCUAAGCUGGAUCCAAUCUUAGCUAUAGUGGUACUUGCCAUAUACGAGUACUGUCAGCGAGGAAAUGUGUCCCGAAUGCGUUCCCGGAUCAACCAGGCCGUCACCGCCGCGAUGGAUAUUUCUCUUCACGCUUUAGGACCCACAGAGUCAGCGCACUCGGAGGCGCAAAGACGGACGUGGUGGAUUACGAUGUUCAUAGCUUACCUAUCAUCAAAUCUUCAUCUUACACCGCCUGUCAUCACUUUGGAUGAUCCACGAAUCACAACUCCUUAUCCACAAUUUGAUGUGGACUUAGAGCCUUGGGAAUUCCUGAUGCAAUCACAGAAGAAUCUCUUCGCAUCAAAUCGAAUGAUCAACAACAUCGAGCGUAUGGAUGAGGCGGCACAACCAGAUCGUAGCGACCAAAUCAAGAAACUAGAUUUCCAGAUUUCCAUUUUGAUGACUGAAUCAGAUCGCAGUCUCCGAGUAACAUUUGGUCAAGAAGGCGAAGCACCAAUUGCCGAAAAUAUAUGGAGACUGGGUCGGAUUAUCACCUAUACUGCUCGAUGUCGACUUCACCGUUUCAGGGCAUUCAUGAACAUUCCGCUUUUUCUGGAUAAAUACUGUCAUCUUCCCUCCAUAAACAACGACGUCUCCAACUCCACGCCUUCACCAACAUGGGUGGCGGAUCGUGAAUCCUCAUUCCCAUUCACCGAACAAGAAUCCUCCAACAUCUGCCUCAAGGCAUCUCUGGUGGUUGCAACGGCUUUUCGCAAUUUGACAUACCCAGAUCCCCAGAGACAGUCUUACGAGGGAGGUCCUCUGACAGGACGGUCGAUGCCAAUAUCUGGGGGAUCUCCACGCAGAUAUCCCCACACCAUCCCGUUCUUCGCUUGCUGUGCGAUGCAGAACUGCUAUGCUCUUUUGAUGCUCUUUCACAAAGUGCGCGCGUGUCUAGCGACGGAUCGUCUGGCAACCUGCUAUCAUCUUCUUAAUAAACCCGAGCCUGCAACCGAGGCCUCGGAUGCGGAGCGUUUGACUGAAGAACUUCGGCAUGGGGUGGAAUUUCUUGGGGUUUCGAUGAAAUCAGACAUUAUUUUCGAGGGCGUUGGAGGUAUGGGACGCGAGAUUGAACAUGCGUAUCUGGCUGCAUUUCCGGAUGCUGCCGAGUUCUGA